AGAGGAAUAAACCUUAACACCGUGUCUCCAAUUAAGAGUUGGAAACAAAUAGCUACCCCUACAAGCACAAUUUGACUCCUCCCUCUUUCCUUCUUCUACAUGGGAAAUUGCGUGUGCGGCCAAACCACCAAGGAGCCCACGGCCAAGCUCGUCGUUCACGACGGCCGGAUGGAGGAGUUCUCCUACCCAGUCAAGGUCUCCUAUCUCUUGCAACUCUACCCCACGUGUUUCAUAUGCGACUCCGACGAGAUGGCCUUCGACCACGUCGUAACAGCGGUUCACCACGACCACCAGUUAAAGCUUGGCCAGCUCUAUUUCGCGCUCCCGCUCGACCGCCUCAAGCGCCACCUCCCUCCGCAAGAGAUGGCCGCCCUAGCCGUCAUCGCCAGCUCCGCACUCGCCAGGUGCGCCGGCGACAAAUGCCGCUCUCGCCGCCAACAGAGUCUGCUUUUCCCCUGCGAGGAGAAUGCCACACCUGGUGGGAAAGAGGCGCCGGACAGUCGUGCCGCCGCCGAUGCCGCUGAUAACCGUGUGGCGAGGAAAGGAAUGAAUAAAAAUGGCGGUGUGAGGGGGAGGGGGAAAUUCACCAGGACGUUGAGUUCCAUACCGGAGCAGGGGUAGUUUCGGAAGAAAAAUAAGACGUGCUCGCUGGGAUUUUGUAUUGCUGUAUAUAUAUAUUUAAAAGAAAAAGAAAAAAGAUAUAUUAAUUUUUGAACGUUGUAGAGUUGUUUCAUGAGAAACAACCAUGGAGGUCUACGCGUUUAAUUAAUUAUUUAAUUAAAACCGGUGUUGUUAAAGGGCUAAUUAUGUGAAAAAGCCUACUGUAAUUCACUUAUUAUACUAACUUCAUUCUUAGGAAAAUACUAAUGUGUGUUUUCUUUUUAUUUUUACCUUUUCUUCAUCUCUGUUCAUUUCCUUUGAACUUUACCUAUUCACAAUUCAUUUCAGAACAAAUAUAUGAUAACUUUUACUA